ACAUUUUCGUGCACACUAAAUAACGAACAGAAGUUUCGUCAGAGUUUCGCAAAAAUCUCUGUCUGCGAAACAAAACAGAACAAAACAAAGAAAGAAGAGCAAAAGGUGUGGGCAGAUAUUUUCCUCUAGUGCGGUGAGAGCGGAGCGAGCCAACAAACGGACGGAAAACGGCAAUACCAAACGGCAACGGCAAACGGAAUUGGUACCGAUCAGCGACAAGUCGUGCCGCCCCGAGUCGGACCCGUAAGAGCCAAACAGUUAUAUUCUGACUGGGUGCGCGCUAUCAGCAAAACAUAUUUAUAAUUGAACAAAUGCAAGAAACACACACACAGACACUCCGCCAGAGUAAAAAGUGAGUCGAAAGGAAGGAGCAAUCGAAAAUAUUGGCAGCGCAAAUCGAAUAAUGAGGAGCAGCCCAAACAGCAGCCAAGCAGCUGGAAGGCAGUUUUAGUUAAAAUCUAAAAAUAUCAAUCUGUUUGUUGCUAAUAUUCUGGCAAAGGCGACGUUAUACAUACGCAGCGUGGUCCGCUCGAAGUUUUCUGGUGCGAAAUAGAAAGAGAGCGAGCUAUAAAUAAAACUGAAAAUUACUCGUACUAAUGCCCGUUUUUUAAGUGCGCAAAAAGUCUAAAUUGAAGUUUAUUUUAACGAUAUUUGUGGUGCAACGCAAAAAGUGUCUCACAGUGCCUUACAUAUUUUUCAUUUCCCUUAAGUCUACUUAUGUUAAUGGGAAAGAAUCGUAUAAAUUUAACCGUUUAGGUUAAAUAGUGAAAUAUCGAAACAAAAAUAUUGUGUACAUUAUACUCGUAUUCGCCAAGAAAACGUUUAGCAAAACGGGUACCCGAUUGCGAGAAAAGAGCGCCAAAGGUCGCAGUAACAUGAUCUACAUAGAUGAUUCAGAGCCGGAAGGUGUUCUCGAACCGGCUUUUCCCAUGCGCAAUGUGACCAUAAAUCGCAACACCGAUGCACAUAAACUCUACGACGUGCUAGGGGAAGUGGGCCGUGGCAAAUUCGGAACAGUAUACAAGUGCCAGGAGAAGACAAGUGGCCUGCAAUUGGCCGCCAAGUUCGUGCCCAUACCGAAACGGGAGGACAAGCGCAAUGUGGAGCGCGAAGUGGAGAUUAUGAAUUCAUUGCAGCAUCAUCUCAUUAUACAAUUGUAUGCUGCAUACGAAUAUCAGAAAAUGAUGUGCGUCGUCCUGGAACUCAUUGAAGGUGGCGAGCUCUUUGAUCGCGUCGUUGAUGAUGAAUUUGUGCUCACAGAACGCGUAUGCCGCGUCUUUAUUCGCCAAGUUUGCGAGGCCAUGGCGUUUAUACACGGAAAUGGUAUUGUGCAUCUGGAUCUUAAGCCGGAGAACAUUCUGGUGCUCACACAGAAGGGCAAUCGAAUUAAGAUAAUUGAUUUUGGACUUGCCCGCAAAUUUGAUCCGGACAAGCGUUUAAGAGUACUUUUCGGCACCCCUGAGUUUGUGGCGCCAGAAGUUGUCAACUUCGACUGCAUAUCCUAUGGUACCGAUAUGUGGAGCGUCGGCGUAAUUUGCUACGUUCUAAUCUCAGGUCUUUCGCCUUUCAUGGGCGAGAACGACAUUGAAACAAUGUCAAAUGUAACCAUUGCGAAGUACGAUUUUGAGGAUGAAUGCUUUAGUAGCAUCUCCCCGGAGUGUCUGAAUUUCAUAGCCAAGCUGUUGGUGAAAGACCUAAGCACUCGAAUGACAGCCGCCGAGUGCCUGCAACACAAAUGGCUACAACAACGUCCUCCAGCGCCACGGACUGCUUCUACGGCAUCGAUGAAGGGCGUUAAAUCACGCCCUAAAUCCGUCUCGCCUGCGGCAGUCGCCUCAGAGUCAUCAGAGGAUUCUACAGAGACAAUUGAUGAUGAUCCAGAGGAGGAGUCGGCGCAGCACGAAGAUAAGAAAGCACAUGGACUGGAGGACAAAGAGCUGGAUGCCACCAAGGACAAUCUGAAGAAUUUCAUAGUGCGCUGGGAAGAGCAUCCUAACAGCCCUUACGUGUUCGACGUGGAGGGUAAUGUAAUUACACCGCUCAGCGAGUCCAGCUUUCCACAUCCGGGUCGGGCUCAUGGCGCCGACAGCAUCUCCUCGUCCCGAGUUUGUUCGCCCUCACCCUGCGAAUCGAUAGCCACAAUCACAGAUGACGAACGUGGCAACGAUGACGAUGGGGCACAUGAGGAAGCGCGUAGCGGCGGUAAUGACAGUCCCCAAUCAGCAGCCACACCCAUCAAUGAGUCUCGCGAAAAACUAUUCCCUGCUUUCGGAGCUGGGCCCAGCAGCUCCUAUAGUUCGGCUACACCCUCACCACAGCGCUUUUUCAAUGACAACUUCGAAGGAUUCUCGGGCAGUGCGACGUCGGCACAGCAGCAGCGCAGCAUGAAAAGCUACCUGCACACAUUCGAUCGGCGCAACUCGGAUACCACCUACCUCCUGGGCAGACGUUCGUCGGGCGAGCGCGUCAACUUGGCGGAUGAGAUACGCAAGCUCUCGGAUCAUCUGCUGAUGCUCGCCGAUAUCAAUACAAAGCUGGGCAAGGGAAACACCUCCACAACGACCCCGAAUAGCGACGCCAACAACAACAGCAACAAUUUGGGGGCUGCUGCAGCGAGUAGAAGCCACACAAGUUCUACGAGGAAUUCUACGACGCAAGAGGGCAACAAAUGGUCAACAUCCACGCGCACGAGCAGCAGUUGCUGUCAAACAGGCGUCCGAAGUUUGGUCAAAAGUGUGAGCAGCAGCUCCAAAAGCGCUUCUCAGUACGACGAUGGGCAGACAAGGACUAGCUCGUUAUCCGUACGUCUGCAGCAAUCCAUAGAGGACACCCCAAAAUUGACCAAUGGCGGCAGUGAAAAGUGGACGCAUUCUGUUUACAGCAAGUCCACCACCAACACCUCCAAUGCAAAGAGCCAUGCCAGUGUGAUUAAAUCGCAGGGUCAAAAAUCCAACAUCGGUUCGGCAUCGACCGCAGCAUCAUUAGCAACAGAAGCUGAAACCUCCAGCAAGAGCAACAACAUCAUUAUAAGCGAAUCGGCAAGCAGUCGGAGAGCCAAGUUCCGCAUCAAUCAAAUGAGUCGGGAUGUACCCAUCGGCCUACCCGACACACAUCAGACAGUGAAUCUGGAGGAGGCCGCCAACACCACCAAGGACUGCCUGCUCCACCUGCUGGAGAAGUACAAUGAAACGAAGACCCGCAAUCCGGUUGGUAGGCACCAAAGCAUUAGCGUGGACUGGCAUGUCAGCGAUAAUCUCGAGUACCGCUCCAUGAGCUCGAUUAAUGCGUUCUUUCAGCGUCACAACAACAAUGGAGGCGGCCAAAAUGUGAAGCAAAUUCAGGCCCAAUUGGAGGAGAAGGCGACUGGAAGCAAAUAGUUGAUGCCAACGGGCUGGCUUAUGUUUUGUUCUUGUAUAUACUUACAUAUAGGCAUAAACAUUCGUGUAAAGCAAAUUAAACAAUUCGAUUAAAUGGGUAGCCACAGUCUGACGAUUGUCGGUCGGAUUCAGGGAUUGCGAACAAUUGACAAUAUUCGCGAAUACCAUUCACUUACACAUUUCCCUGCCUUGCAUCGAUCGGGGAUCGGCGUAUGUACAGUAUACUAUACUUCAUACAUGAAGUAUAAGACAAGCUUUUCAUAAUAUAAUGUUUACCCGAUAUAUCUCUUAAGAAUAUGAAAAGAAUAAAUGUUUAUAGACCGAUGGUUCCUAUUACAACUUUACGAUAUAUUGUAUAUAGAAGUCCACCUCUUCAGCCACUUACAUUGUUUUAUUGGCAAACAGUUGUUCAUUGAUUCACACUUAAAAAAAGAAAGUAAUUGUGUGCUCAAACUAAAAUGGUCGAGUUGUACAUAGACAAAGUAGAUGAGCUAUCUCCAUUACUUACAUAUGAUGCAAGGCGUAAAGAUUUCUGAUUAUUGACUGCUUUGGGAUAUCCUAUAUACGAGUACAUAAUUUUACAGACUAAUUUAGUUAAUGCUGCUAGUGAAAUUUGUAUGGUUACAAAUGCAAUUGAUUUAAGGAAAUAAAAAGAAAUUAUGCAACUGAAAAACA